GCACUCUCCUUUCUUUUUCCAGAUUCCAUCGCACUUUGUACUAUGCUUUGUUGUUCUCAAGGAGAUCGUCGCAGACACAAGGAUGGCGCAGAGAAAAGUGAAGGGAAGAAGGUAAGCGUCUUUGAUUCGGAGGAGGAUCUUGCGGUGACUCUCACGAAAUACAUCGCUAACCUAUAUGAUAAGGUCUCCAAAACGAGGAGCUCGUUUACUGUCGAUCUUUGGUUUUCUCGCCACCAUCGUCUCCACAAUAAAGACUCGGAGACCUGGGUUUUCAAACACAAUGAAUGAUGAUCAACCUAAUCCUUCCUUUUCUUCUUUGGAAAUUGCAGCAAACAGGUCAAGUUUUUCCCAUUUGUAUGAGGAAACGUUGGGGAUUCUUGAUUUUGACUUUGUGGAUUAUUCUUAUUGCUUUCUGGUGAUGAGAUUUUUGCUAGUUAGACUUGAUCAAGAAACCCAAAUUCUGAUCUGGGUUUUUCACCAGAGAAGAUGAAGAUGAAAUAUAAUAUGGGAUUCUCA